CCGGCAUGAGAAGUGUUUCUACUUCUGAUGACCUACACCUGGCUGAUCACAUAGGGCCAGCUCAGCACUUCUUAUCAAGAAACAAGCCAGGGAUCGAACUUCAUUAUGACCUCAGGGAGUUGAAACCACAGCCCUCUGCUAACACACGUGAGAAAUCUUUAAGACAAUAUCCUUAACAUAUUCAUACAUUUUACUACAUUAGGAUCAAAACCUAUUGUUAAAGCAAAGAUCUCCCUAGGAACAUGAAGACAAAUAAUACCAUCCAGGCAGCAAUAGACCUUACAGCAGGAGCUGCAGGUGGAACAGCAUGUGUGCUAACAGGACAGCCCUUUGAUACGGCCAAGGUGAAAAUGCAGACUUUCCCCAACCUGUACCGGGGACUCAUGGACUGCGCUAAGAAGACAUAUCAUCAGGUUGGUUUCAGAGGCUUCUACAAAGGAACCAGCCCAGCUCUUCUGGCCAAUAUAGCAGAGAACUCUGUACUGUUCAUGAGCUACGGAUUCUGCCAAAGAAUCGUCAGGAGCGUCACUGGCUUAGAGAAGAAUGCACCUCUAAGUAACCUGCACAAUGCAACCGCAGGCUCGGUUGCAGCUGCAUUUGCCUCAUUGGCCCUUUGUCCUACAGAGCUGGUGAAAUGUCGUCUUCAGGCCAUGCAUGAAAUGAAACUGUCUGGCAAGAUUAUAGAAGGACAAAACACAGUCUGGUCAGUGAUAAAAAGUAUCCUUCGUACGGAUGGUCCAAUGGGCUUUUAUCAUGGGUUGUCCAGCACGCUGCUCAGAGAAGUGCCAGGAUACUUUUUCUUCUUCGGGGGCUAUGAGUUGGGACGCUCGUUUUUUGUAUCUGGAGAAAAAACGAAAGAUGAACUUGGAAUCCUUCCAUUGAUGAUUAGCGGAGGAUUCGGAGGGAUCUCCUUGUGGUUGGUUGUAUUCCCAGUGGAUUGUGUUAAAUCCAGAAUCCAAGUACUUUCCAUGACCGGAAAGCAGGCAGGUUUCAUUAGGACAUUUGGAAGAAUUCUGAGGAAUGAAGGUGUGUUAGCCCUAUACUCUGGACUGAAGCCCACCCUGAUCCGAGCGUUUCCAGCUAAUGGGGCUCUUUUUGUAGCAUAUGAAUACAGCAGGAAACUGAUGAUGGAGCAGUUUGAAGACUUGUAAAUGCAAUCUAAAUUUUUAAUCCCUUCGGCUACCAAGGAAAUACACAUUUGUUGUGUAAGGAAUGAUGCAUACCUCUAAUACAGAAAAGACUGCCCUGUGCCUUUUACUUUUUGAUAUUAAAGUGUUGCUACAGGAUGUACAAUAUCCAGUUGCACCCCUAAUGAGGUGGCCACUGUCCACGUUGAACUCAAGGUUUGAUUUAUUCUACCCCCUCUGGAGUUCCAGCCACACAAGCGUUUACGAAGGUGACGUUCAUGUGAUGUCAUACCGCAUGUCCAAAGCUAUGUUUAUCCAUUUCCAAGGACAUUUACCAGCAGAAAUUCUAGACUCAGAUGUAACAACCCAUGUAUCUUAUAUAUUGUGAGCAGGGGAGUCCAACUCAGGUCUCAAGGGAUGCAGACUUGUUAAGAAUUACGGAUAUUCCGUCUCUGAAAUUCAGACUGAACUUUAUGAAAUUGUGUUCCAACUUCCUGAUGGAUUUUAACACGCCUGGGUAAAGUCAUUCUUUUGUACUUCCAAUGUUUGGCAUUGAAGAGUAUGUUGACCCUUUAUUAAUAAAUAAUACAAUCUGACACAAA